CACCAGCGCAUGUCUCUCCAACAGCAGACACACACACUCACACACACGCCGUGCUCGUUAAUAGGCUCCAGAUGCCUUUACAGAAAACGCACGUCUGCAGGCUGUGUGGACUGCGUCUUGUCUUUUGAAUCACGCAGAUGUGAAUCUAUCUUUCUGUCAUCGACAAAACAAGAAGAUUAUGGGGUUUGUGUGCAAUUUCCGAACACGUGGGAAGCUUAUUUAAGAGACUGGCGGCUGUGCGCCAGUCCCCGUGUGAUGGAGGAGCGCGGCGGUGGUGCAUCGGAGGAAAUGAGUAAGAGGUGCAGAGGAGAUAAUCAUUGAAGACACCGAGGGCUCCAGUGCGUCUGGACAAGGUCACAGUCUAGCCUGGGUGAGAUUAUGUCCACGCGGGGACAACAAGGACGGACUUUUUCGCUUCCUCUCGGGGGAGGAGGUCGCCUGGAGAUGUCCCCAAGAGUUUCUGUAUUGGUUUGCAGAAGCAGUGAAAACCACCUCCAUCUGCAUGUUCAUGGUUGAGGUUUAUUUUUUGACAACCUUCAAGCGGCAAGGUUCUUUUUGUUCCCUCCUCCCUCAGACUGGAGAUAAAGUUUCUCGCUUUCUCGACAGGGUGGGUGAUUUUAUCCAACCACGGGUUCGUUUAAUUGAACCCAGUUGAGGUGAUUCAGAGGCUGCUGGGUAAAAGGAAAAAGGUGAGCAGAAGGUGGAUUGAAUUCCAUCAGAGCAGCAUUCCAAACAGCGGCGGCUAGCUGCGUUUCUGGACGGUCACAUCUGUGGUUGUUGUCGUCGCUGUCCAUGGUGCUGAACCCGAGCUCCAGGAAUGGUGGAGACGCUGAGUAUCGCAGUCAUCGGUGCUCCCGGAGUGGGGAAAACUUCUAUAAUCCGCCAGUUCAUCUAUAACGAUUUCUCGGAGGUGUACACGCCGACCAGGACCAGAUAUGUGUACAGACCCUCCGUGAUCCUCAACGGGAACAUGUAUGAGCUAAAGAUCCUGGACGUCCCGCCAAUCUCCUCCUUUCCGUCCAGCUCCAGUCAGGAGUGGCUGGAUUUGCGCUGCAGAGGUGUUCGCAAUGCUAACGCCUACAUCCUGGUGUACGACAUCUGCUGCGUGGAGAGCUUUGAAUACGUCAAGAUGAUUAGACAGCAGAUAGUGGAGCACAGGGAAAGCAGCAGCACUGAGGUGCCAAUCCUGGUGGUGGGCAACAAGCGAGAUCUGCAGCGGCAGCGCUUUAUGCCCCGCAGAGCGGUGUCAGUACUCGUGAAGAAGACCUGGAAGUGUGGUUAUGUGGAGUGCUCAGCCAAGUUUAACUGGCACGUAGUCCUGCUCUUCAAAGAGCUGCUGGGCAUCGCUGUGUCACGCGGCAUGCGCCAGAACCACACCUCCAUCCGUCUGCAGGGGGCGCUGCAGAGGAAUCGCUGCACCAUCAUGUGACCCAGAGAGCUCCCUCCAGCCCUCUCACCUCAGGAGUGGAGCGGCAAUGGAGAAAAAACUGGACUUUUUAUCUAAAUGGCUGGAAAAAUACCCCGUGGCCUCCUGCUUUACUGAGCUGAUUUUUCAUAUUGAGGUUUAUUAGUCUCUUGCGCUGUAAAAGACACCUAAAAUUUCACACAUAGUCAUCGAACCACUUCCUAGUCUGAUUCUGCCAAAUGUGUAAAUGCAAGAAAGGAAGUAGGAUAGAAAGCAAGUGAAAACCAAUAUGAAUAGCAAAGCACAGCUACUUUUUCUUACAUCAACUAGACGGUAACUCAUUUGAGGCGGUUCUUCCCAAAUUACACAGUGGCAGGACUUUUAGAGGGUUGUGUCGUGGAUGUAGCUGGGCCUGACAGGUUUGAGGCUAUCAUUGUGAGACUUUAAACAAGAGGCAGCAAUAUCGAGUCUUCCUUCAUUCAGAAAGGUCAACAGAAGACGCUCAUAUCUGACAGAUUUGGAUUUGAUUGAGGGUUCAUGUUCAACAAGAUAUAAUCAAAUAGAGUUAAACUAAAUAAGCUUCACUUCCUGGGGGGAGUAUUUCGAUACGUGUAGAUAUGAUCAGAUGGUUUUUAAUAUUAGAUUCUGAGAAGUAGCCUGAUUUUUUUUGUUUUGUCUUUCCCUUCCCUGUAUUAAACUUGGCCUACGGAGGAAGCUGUUUGUUCAGACGAAAGGGGUUUUAAGGUUGUCUCGCUGCAGAAAAUGCUGCAGUCCCUAUCACGAUGUGGGCUUUAAUCUGCUCCCUCCCCUUACUCAGUGUCUGUUUCUGAAGAAUACAUUAAAUCCAGGGAACUGCAGGAGGCUGCAGAGCCUGAGACAAGAACCUGUACACGCAUUGUAGAUGCAUAAAUGUAUGUGUGUGUGUGUGUGUGUGUGUGUGUGUGUGUGUGUGUGUGUGUGUGUGUGUGUGUGUGUGUGUGUGUGUGUGUGUGUUUGUGUGAGAAAGAGAGAGGGUGAAGGAGACGGAGACAGAGAGGCACGUUUGAUAGCUGACAUUCAAGCAAGCAAAGGGCGGACACGGCAAAACUAAAGACUGAUGUAGAAUCUGGAUUAGGGAGGAGCAAUAAAAUCUCACAUUCCCUGACUGACUAUAUGUAUUCCCAUAUUAUACUAAAAAUGCCUCACGUAUAGUAGACGUAAUCCUCUCACUCAGAUAUCCUGCAGAAAUAAGGAAGCAGAGCUUAGUGACUUCCACAAAACACCCCAUGAGUGUUACACAGACGCACAGGGAACCUUGGAAAAAGCUUUCAUAUCAGUAUUUCAAUAAUAUCUAAUUGGUAAUGUUGUGCGAUUAACAGUUGCUUUUUCAUUUGAUUUGACCUAAUAGACAGUCUGUGAACAUGGCUGCACUGAAAGUAAGCAGACCUAUUGUACAUAAGAGUGAUUCAUGGAGUAAUUGACUUGCAUGCUUUUGUUGGUAGAGCCAACGGGUCAGGGUUCAAUUGCACUGAUGUGAAAAUGUAAUAUUGUGAUUCAUUUUUGUAAUACAUGGUUUUCUGACUCUGUAAUGAGCAGCUGAGCGGAGUGAAUGUGGUUGUUUUUCAAUGGCAUGCGAGAUUCUCUCAAAGAUGUAGUGAACCCUUCAUCAGGGCCGAUGGCUGUGUUAGUUUUUGUUUAUUUUUUUUCUAGUAAAAAAAAAGAAAUAUGUAGCAGCAACUGUGUGUAGCAUGAGUUCUCAUCAGUUUGUCUGUGUGCGCGUUUCAUAAUAAAAAGGGCUACAGUUUUUUAUCAGAAACGUUACUUGUAUUUAUUUUUAUUGUGUAAUAAGUACUGUGAGUAUUUAUUUUAACAUAAUGAAAUAUUAAAUGCUUUUGAGAACAGCAACCUCACUCUGGUCACUUUUCAAUCUUGUACUAAAAUUACACCACAUUGAGAUCAUUUUGAAAACAUUGCCACCGUGUGGUAAAGCAUUGUUAUCAGGAGCCAAAUUAAGGCAUCACACAAUGAUCCCAUUGUUUAUUUUUAAUUCAAAAUGUGUUCUUGAAUGCACUCAACAAUGCUUGAUGAUCAUCUGGUGAACUCCAUAAUG